UUGCCUCGAGGACGGAUCCGCGAGACAAACGGCCUUUUACAGACGAACUGAGACUGAAAGGAAACGGCCCGAAGACAAGUCAAAAACAGAUCGGAACAACAAGUCGGAUGGUGAACUUUUUGGGUCCUCCGGGUGUCGCUCUUCCCUCCCACCAUAUCGUGUAACCUUCUCAGUUCUCGGGAAGACAACACGUACGACGCUAGUUUUCACAGCACUUCGCUUCCCCGAUAGUGAUACUGGUCCUGGAAUGGCGACCGCGGAAGACGACGAUGUCAAGGAGUACCGCUGGGAGACCGGCUACGAAAAGACCUGGGAGGCAAUUAAAGAAGAUGACAAGGGCAACCUUGAGGCGUCUGUCACGGACAUUAUACAAAGGGCAAAACGAAAGGCCCAGAUGGAAAGAAAGGGCCCGUGCAGGCUUGGAAUGAUGAGGCAUAUGUAUAUCAUUCUCGAUGCUUCAGAUGCCAUGCUCGACCAAGAUCUCAAACCAACUCGUCAGCUUUGCACCCUCAAGCUGCUUGAAAACUUCACGGAAGAAUUUCUUUACGAGAGUCCUCUCAGCCAGCUCGGCUUUAUCCUGACAAGGAACAAACGUGCAGAAAAGUUUUCAGAAUUGUCUGGUAAUACAAAAAAACACCUGGAAAACCUGAAAUUGCACUACAGCUCACCUACGGCGUGUUCUGGUGAGCCUUCUUUGCAAAAUGCACUGGAAUUGGCUAUCUCUUCGCUUCGCAACAUGCCAAACCAUGCCAUCAGGGAGGUCUUGAUUAUAAUGGGUAGCUUGACGACAUGUGAUCCUGGUGAUAUAAAUGUGACAAUUGAUACUUUAAGAAACACAGGAAUAAGAGUUUCAGUUAUUGGAAUAGGUGCUGAAGUAAGGCUGAGAAGGCACAUGUGCCUCAUGACAGGAGGGACUUAUUCUGUGAUGCUCGACGAUGUACAUUUUAAACACUUGCUUCUACAGCAUGUCUUGCCACCACCUGCUACACCGUCAGCUUCUGAAAGCGCAUUGAUUAAAAUGGGCUUCCCUCACCAUGGAGUGACUAAUACUAAGACUACAUCGAUUGCCAUGUGCAUGUGCCAUUUAGAUGCAGAAGAAGGUAGUAAACUGGAAGGCGGCGGUUACCUGUGCCCGCAGUGCAGGAGUAAAUAUUGCGAGUUGCCGGUUGAGUGCAAGGUGUGCGGGCUGACUCUGGUCUCUGCACCACAUCUGGCUAGGUCGUACCACCACUUGUUUCCUGUCCUGCCGUUCAGUCAAAUAACGUUCAAGAGCCUCAGACGAAAUGAAGGAUUUUGCUUUGCUUGUCUCGUCCAAUUUAAAGAAAUUGAUAAAUAUAUUUUCAGAUGUGAUACAUGCUCGAGAGUUUUUUGCAUUGACUGUGAUAUGUUUGUACAUGACACACUUCACACGUGCCCGGGAUGUGCAACGAACCAAAAGAAAUUUCAACAGAUUGAUGAAAAUUCUUGAUUCUUUAUAUCAAAAAUGUAUAUAAUUUAUUUAAUA